GACUACGUCACUAAUCCCCGCCCCUCUGUUUUGGUUCCUCUAGCAGCUUCUACUUUUAAUAUGUUGUGAAGCCAGAAGCGCCCAUCUGAAGGAUUCAUUCACCUGGACGUGCUUUUACCUGGGAGGCGGAAACGCAAAGGGCACAAAGCGGAAGUUAUGUUUGCAGCUGCCCGGCGUGACGCUCACCGGGAAUAAACCUAACGGUAACCGAACAUGGAUCCUCCCGAGGGCCAGUCCGGUGAGGGAGCCCACGUGGAGCAGGAUGCUACACCGACCCCAGUGGAGGUGGACGCCGCGGUGCUGCUGCUGGGAGCCGGGGUCACAGCCGCCACACACCCGCUGCUCUACGUCAAACUGCUAAUCCAGGUGGGACACGAACCUCUUCCUCCGACCGUGGGAACCACGAUGUUUGGACGGCGAGUCCUUUACCUGCCGGGUUUCUUCACCUACGUGCAUCACAUCGUGAGAGUGGACGGGAGGACGGGACUCUUCCGCGGCCUCUCACCUCGGAUUGUCUCUAGCAUCAUCUCCACCGUGGUCCGGGGAAAAGUCAAGCAGGUGGAGCUUCAGUCCAAGAAAGCCGAUCAGCAGAAUUCCCUCAGGAGAGUCUUCAGAGAGACCUCACAUGAGAUGAUCAUCCAGUGCCUGUCCAGACUCGUCACCCAUCCGUUCCACGUCAUGUCGGUGCGCUGCAUGGCCCAGUUCGUCGGCAGGGAGACCAAAUAUGGCGGCGUGUUCAGCUGCUUCUUCAAGAUCUUUAAGGAGGAAGGAGUGACUGGAUUUUAUGUCGGAUUCAUUCCUCACGUUCUGGGAGAAGUCCUCUUCCUGUGGUGCUGCAACGUCCUGGCUCACUUCAUCAACACCUACGCUGUCGACGAAGGCUUCAGCCAGGCGUCGGCAGUGAGAAGCUACACCAAGUUCGUGAUGGGCAUCGCCGUGAGCGUUCUCACGUAUCCGUUCACGCUGGUUGCUGACGUCAUGGCCGUCAACGACUGUGGUCUGGCUGCAGGUCUUCCUCCUCGAUCUCCCAUCUUUAAAUCCUGGCUCCACUGCUGGAAUCAUCUAAGUCAGAAGGGCCAGCUCUUCCGAGGAUCCAGCUUCUUUUUCCGCCGCAUGCCCCUGACCUCAGCAUCCUCCAUCGAGGACUGACAUCAUCAGCCGCUGUGAGUUCUUCCUCCUCCAGCUCCUCGGAUGACGUCACGUCUUCGUUCUUUUGUGGCCAUCCAGAUGCAGCAGGAGCAGCGGCGCCAUUCCUGGAGCGCUGAGAGAGACAAUUCGGUUGGGAAUGAGCUGAAUCCUUUAAGCUGUGGGACAGGUUUUGGAUUCUUCGUCAUCACCGCAGCAGAUGAGGCUCGGUGCCACGAACAAACCAGACGAUUUUUACGUUUGUGUUUUCUUUUUGUAUUAAAAAUCCAUGAAAAUAUUCCGAUAUUUUCCGCAGCAGGAAUGAUUAAACCACAAAUAAAAACACAAAGACCUCUGAAAUAUUUACACAA